AUGUCUGCGGACUACGCUCAUCUGUGCUCUGCGAUUGUGGAACAGUGUUUCGGGAAAGCGUUGCAGUCGGUGUCUGAUUGUUUGUUUUCGGCAACCACGCGGACAUUGUCGCAAAUCGCGAGCGCCACAAAGCUAUCCCGCAAAGAGGUAGGACUAGCACUGUCGGUGCUAAUUAAUUUUCGUUUAGUGAACUUCGAAGCCACCAAAUUGAAUCCGUUUGUCCCAGAAUAUUCCCUUAGUCGUCAAGAUAUUCUCUGUCUGCUGCGUUACCCGCGGUACAUUCAUAUGGUGCAAAAAAAGUAUGGAAGUAUUGGUGCAUCUAUUGCAGAGGAGCUGAUCAGCGCGGGCUCGGAUACAGCGAGCGCGACACUGAUCAAAUGCCUAUCAGAGGAAGAUACCAGGGCGGAUAGUGCCGAAUCCUACCGCAACAUCUUUCUGCAAAUGAUAACCGAUCACUAUAUCAUUAAAAGGCCGGAGCUAAUAUUGUCGGAAGAGCAGGGUGAGGUCCUGCCGAAAUUCGAGAGCAACGAGUGUGACUAUUUCAGGCACCCCAAUGUUGAUCUUCAGCUGAUAGAGAAGAUCAGAAGAGGCGAGGCAACAUUAGCAGAAGCCGGGGACAGUAACAUGAUCUGGAACGUCAACUAUGACCGUUUCCAUCAGGACUUUCGGGAUGCCAUCAUGAUAGACGCCAUUGAACGCAAGCUGGGGGAAAAUGCUUCCGAAUGCUUUCGUUUCAUAUUGAAGAUAAUGUACAAAACAACGGAUCCAUGGCAGCGCAAACUAUCCAACCAAAUCACAUUUGUGGAUAUUAAGCAGACAAUCGAGAAGAAAUCGAACAAUCUGGAUCUUAUGAAGCACUUGGAUCAGUACAUAACUUUACUAACUGAAGACUCCCUUGGUUUCCUUCGAAGAGUGGGUGACAUGGGUGGCGGUCUGUAUGUUGUGGAUAUGGAACAUGCGUUUCAGUCGCUUGCCUUUGCGUGCAUUGAGUCUGUGAUUACUGAGCGUUUUGGUUCAAAAGCGGCACGAAUAUUUCGAGUGAUACGCUUCAAGAAAUUUAUAGAACAAGAGGAUUUGCAGAAAGAGGCCAUGAUACCGGCCAAGGAGGCCAAAUCACUUGCCUACAAUUUGUUCCAGGAUCAGUUUAUUCACGUCAAGGCGAUCAAGAAAGCUGGUGGCGGGGGCAAUGGUCUGGCAAAGGCCUUCUAUCUCUUUCAGAUCAAGGAAAAGGAUUCUGUGAGGAUGUUACUGGACGUUUGCUACAAGUCCCUCUAUAACGCCAUCGAGCGUUCAAACUUUGAGAAAAAUGAGCACACGGGUCUUAUAGAUAAAUCACUAAGACUGGACUGCAUAGUGGAGACCAUGAUGGAGCGUGGAGAAUCUGACGAAUACAUUGCCGAGCUUGUGGAGACAUUCACACCACCCGAAGUUGAGAUCCUUAAUAAGGUCAAAAAUCGCAUAAAGACCUUAUCGAAGGCCGAACUGACAAUGGACCAAACCAUCUUCCUUCUGCAAAUGUACCAGCAUCAUUGUACAAUUUUACCAACUGUCAUUGGAAAAUAUAAAUAAUAAUCGUAAAGCAAUCGAAGAGAUUCGAAUAAUA